ACUUGACAAUGAUUUACACAGUUGGUCAGAUAAUGAGGUGACUGCAGCGAUCGACAGAGCUCCAUGAUGCUGGCUGAACCCUUCCUCACAUCUCAUCUGAGGACUCUCAGUGUGUUGGUUGUCCAUCUCCUGCUAACAGACAUCUGUAGAGGUCAACUGAUUGGUGCAUCUCAGCCAAUCGUAGCGACACUCGGUGAUGACAUCAUUUUACCAUGUCAUCUGGAACCUGCUGAGGAUGUGACAGAAAUGACGUUAGAGUGGUCGAGACCUGAUCUGAUACCCAGAUUUGUUUAUGUGUGGCGCUCUGGUCUGGAACUUGAGGGUAAAAAACACAAAACAUUUCAGGGAAGAACAACGCUGUUUACUGAGGAGCUGCAACACGGAAACAUUUCACUGAGACUCAACAGAGUGAAACUCUCUGAUAAAGGAACAUACAGUUGUUAUAUUCCAACACUGGAAAAGCAGACCAACGUUCAGCUAGUUGUUGGUGCUGCUUCUCCACCUGUGAUCAGUUUAGCAGGAAUCAAUGGACACACAGGAGGAGUUGUGUUACAGUGUGAGUCUGCAGGCUGGUAUCCAGAACCUGAGGUGUUGUGGCUGGACGCUGAGGGAAACCUCCUCUCUGCUGGACCUACAGAGACAGUCAGAGGUCCUGAUGACCUCUAUACUGUCAGCAGCAGAGUGACUGUGGAGAAGAAACAUGGAAACAAGUUCACCUGCAGAGUCCAGCAGAACAACAUCAACCAGACCAGAGACACAUGGAUCCAUGUUCCAGAUGAUUUCUUCAUAAUCCCAUAUAGUUCAGCUGUUCCCAUCAUUGUUGGUUUGUCUGUUAGUUUGGUUGUUUGCAUCAUGUUGAUUUUAGCAUCUGGCUUUUUCCUGUGGAGAAAAAACAGAACCAAAACCAAGAGAACCUUGGACAAAACUGAAAAAGAAGAGAAGAACUGCUGUGAAACUGAAGCAGAGAUGCUGAUGUCACAUGAAGUCGUGGAAAUGCAGGAUUUGGGAGAAAAAGAUCCAAUAAACCAACAUAUGGUCCAUGAUGGGAUACAAAUGGAUCAGGAGGCUGUAGAAGAAGAGAUGACCUAUGAUGAGGAUCAGAUGAGAAAGGAGGCUGUAGAAGAAGAAAAGACUCCAACUGAGGAGAACAAUCAGUUGACAGGAAAUCAAGCUGCUGGUUCCCAGACUAUCUGGGAUUUAUUGUCUGCAGUGAAUCCCUUCAAGGGAAAUCAGGCUGAGCAGCAGAAGAAGGAGGAGGCUGAGGAUGAAGUGGCAUCUCUGAAGAAGAAGCUGGACGAUUUAUCAGCAGAGGUGGAAAUCAAGAACAAACAGCUAAAGGACGCACAAGAAGAAGCGAACAGGCGAUGGAAGGAAGUCAAUGACAUCCAGAGAGAGUCAAGGACUAAACUGCUGGAAAAGGAUGCAGAGAUCAGCAAACUGAGAAGACAAUUGGACAAAAAAAUCUGGGAGGAGAAGCAGAAGAAUGGAAAAGAUCUGAAAGAGCUGGAUGGAAGUAAAUCUGAAGAUGUGGAUCAUCAGAUAGAGUCCAGACAACAGAGCAGCAGAAGCUCAGAUCAUCACAGUGAUCUAAGAGACAUUAUUUUGGAUGAAGUUCACCAUCAGGGCAAAUAUCUCCGUCUUAAAAACACAUCCACUGAGGAGAAACUACUGGGAGGCUGCAAGUUAGAACUUCAUAUCAACAACAGAGAAUUAUGCACAUACACAUUUGAUCAGUCCUUCAAAGUCAAGGCUGGGGGGGAAAUCACUUUAUGGUGUGCAGAUUAUGGUCACCAUGAUCCUGCUAUCAGUAACCUGGUUUGGAAAGACCUGAAGCCCUUGAAACGUGGAGAUCUACUUCAGUUCAUCCUUUUCAAUCAGACUGGAGAAUUCAAAGGAGUAAACUUUCACACUGAACAGAUUUCAUCAGCAACAGGAAAAGAAGAUGACAGACUGCAUCCUGAACAGUAAAAAGUGGUUUAAUCCAGCAAACAGCAAACUUUAAACAUCAUUAAACAUUAAAUCACAUCACUGCAGGGACGGAGCUGCAUCAUUUUCCUAAGUAGACUAAAAACUUUUUAUGGAUUUGAGAGUAAACUUUUGUUCAACUGUUCAAAAGAUGUUUUGUUUGAAAUGUAAAAUAGAGUCAGAUUUGUAUUCUGUAUUUUUGUGUCAUAUUUCAUUCGUACAUUAUUGCUACACUCCUCAUAUGUGGUAUUAUUAUGGUUCUUAAAUGUCAUUAUCAAUAAAAGAACCUGCAGAGCCUGAUGGAUGCA